GCCAAGGCAUGACGUCACAGGGGAACACAGAGCCACAAAGGAAGGGAACCAGCCUGCUAUAGGCUUCACUUCUAAAACAAGGAUGAAGUCUACUGAUUAAUGCUAUACACUUAUCAUUCAUAUUACAAAUAUAUAGAUGCAGCAUGUAUAUUAUACAUUUUUGUUAAUGAUUUGUCCACCACUUAAUCUUUCACUUUCGUGACGUCAUGAUUUAACCAUAUUGCUUCAAAUUCUAAUGCUUGUAAGAUUUCUGUGGUUCAUUUUGAAAUUUGAUGUAUUUCCAUUUACAAAAUUCUCUCCAGUGUAGGUUAUGGCGCCUGGAGAAACGGUCCUGCGCAGACUCCAAUGGGCUAUUCUCAUCCGAGAGAGAGAGAGAGACAGAGAGAGAGAGAGAGAGAGAGAGACUGUGCGCGUGUGGUGAGAGAGCAUGAUAGAGAAAGAUACAGAGGAAAAGAGAAAGGAAGAGGAGGAAGAGGAGGAGGAGGAGGGGAGAGCGAAAGGAGCGAGAGGGGGGAGGAAUGAUAGUAGCACCGGUUCCUCUGUGAGCCAUGUUGGAUGUGUGUAAGUAGGGAAGAUGCUGCGCCCGUGCUGCUGCUAGCGCGAGCUCUACCCGACACCGAGAGUAGAUGCGAGCUUCUCGGGGGCAUCGAGAGCGCAGACCGGGGGAGCACGGCGGAAGGAGUCGGGCGGUGGCAGAGGACCUGGCGUCGGAAGACAGAGAGAGCGAGAGAGGGAGAGAGAGAGAGAGACUGAGAGCUACAGAGAAGGGAGAGAGGGAGAAAGGGGGAGAAAAAGGAUUUCGCCACACUAAUGGCUGCACUGCUGCUGGGCUUUAGCUCGCCGCCGUCGCUCCUGCUGCACCUUCUGUUCUGCUCUUUGUUCGCCGUUGUCCCGGGGAGAGCAGCCACGCCGCGCCGCCACCACCCGGCCCCCGGAGACGCGCGGACUCUGGCUGAGAGCGACUCGGAGAUCCGCCCUGUAUGGACAGCAGCGUGGCUCGGAUCCAGACACGAAUUUCCGGUCUCGCGGUCCGGAGCAGCAGGAGUCCCCGUGGCCUCGUCGCUGCUGGAUUACAAUGGGUCAUAUGCAACAGAACCAGCGCCUCGGACCGGACGCUGUCACCAGCGGCUACCCGGUGGUGUGCAGAAGGGCGUUGUUUCCCCUUUUCUCGCUCCCUUGCUUCAGAUUGGAAAAAAGAGGUCUGUGCAAAGGACUAGAGCAUGCUCGUGUUUGUGCCGUCUCGACUGCGGGCGGGUCUCUGUACAGCGUGAGCACCAGGAACAGGGCUGUAUCGAUGCCCGCUCCGGUUUGGAGAAGAGCGCAGGAGGUUGGAGAACCGGGCCCAAGCGCAGCUCGUUGCCCUCGAAACGGGAGUUUAACGCUGCCAAGGGGUGGACUCUGUCGCCAUCAACGGACAAUUCAAAUUGUAAUGCGGCUGGCAGUGUUUUGGACGCCAAUAAACCGGACAAAAGGAAUCCAUGGAUAACGGACAGUCCCUCUCGAGGCCUCUUCAAUGCUAUCGAUCCCUCCACAGAGGGCUGGAAGGGGUGUUUUCAUGCAGCCGCUGGGAAUAGCACUAGGUCCCGCACGCAACACCUUUCAGGACCGUCAAACAUCUGUCUGAAGUCAUGCCGGCUGACAGGAGUCACUGUCGUGCACGCAGCUUGCUCUAAAAGAUUCUUAAAUGGAUACAGGCACCGAGCCAGUCACAAUCUGACGCGCACGGAUUGGAGUAGCACAGAGCGCAACAUCGUCUCAUUCACUUGCGUUACUUUACAAUCCUGUUUAUCAUAUAAACAUAUCACGCUAAUGGACACCCCUGACCUGAAUGCAAAGCUUAGAGAUGAGAGAGGAAAAUACAACCAGAAGUAUCCACAAAAUCAAGGUAAGGCGCGCAAAGCCGGUUCAAUUACUGACAAAAGUCACGUGUCACAACGUAUCACCGACUUUACUGGAAACCAUUUUCGCCCAGCUGAGAGAGAAACUAAUUAUGCAUCGAUGUCUAAACUCAUCUCUUCUUUCUCUGACUCGAAAAGCAAGAAAACCUCUGACUCACCAGUUAAAUAUAGCGAUAAUGUUACUCACAUAAUGCCACACUUCCAGCUCUCGGCUCAGCUGAACUUUACUGAGACAUCCUGUGACUUAUAUACUCACGCUGGGACUUGGAACACUGAGAAAAAUGGCACGCGGGGUGAGUCAGCUCCAGAUGUUAAGUUAAACUUUGUUCAAAGUUUGUUCUUGUGGAACUAUAACAGUAACAACAACAACAACAACAACAAACAGCAGAAUGAAUAUCAAAACAGCAGUAGCACCAGUGACAAAAGUAUAAGUGAAACAAGAAUUGUUCAAACUAAUAGUAAAAUGGACAGCAAGGUUUCAGCACAAGAGUUAACAGCGCAUGUGCCGUGUCCUCAAGCUCACCUGGAUUCUGUCCCAAUGGAGAGUCCACGCCCGGCGUGCACUGACAGCACCACCGGCAACAGCUUAGCCACCAACAGGGGAGCCACGCAAACGCAAUUAAAAUCCGGUAAAGGGCUGCCAUUACAAGCUGAGGCUGUCAGUCAGCGUGUGGAGCAGGUUGGGGUCUCAGGGGGGAGGAGGAAGGGAGAGAUGGCAGGAGAGGUGAGGGAGGAGGAGGAUAGCAGGGGGAAGGGUAACAGGCAGUAUGGAAAGGGAGGAAGCAAGGAAAGAGGAGGGUGGGUGAAUUCAGAUAGCACAAAGAAAGAGGCGUCUGAGCGAGAUACAAAUUUACUGGGAGAGGGAGGAAGAGGUCAAGGCAGCGAUGUCUCACAGACAGUAAGAGAGACAGUUAGAGGGGAUGAGAACAAAGACUGGCAGCAAAUCAAGGAAAUCCAGGCAGAAAAAGAUGAGUCAAAAAACAACAGAGACUUGGUAGAAAGCACUCCAAAAGAGAUUAUCACUGAUACAAAACAAACAGAGAAAGAAAGUAACAAGAAAAAAGUCAUGGACGAUUAUGAGUACUUCAAAGAAAAACUAGGUGAGCAACUAGGUGUCCCUCCUGUUGGACGCUCACGUAGAGCUGCUAAUCGACACCCCCAUUUCCCACAGUAUAACUAUCAGAUUCAGGUGGCAGAAAACCAGCCUCCUAGUACCUCUGUUAUAUCAAUGUUAGCAGAGGAUCCAGAUCCUGGAGAGGCAGGAAGGAUCAGCUACAGCAUGGCACCUUUAAUGAACAGCAGAUCCAUGGACUACUUUCAGAUUGAUCCUAUGACUGGACUUAUCACUACCACACAUGUACUGGAUAGAGAGCACAUGGACUUGCAUUAUUUCAGAGUGACUGCUACAGAUCAUGGCUCGCCACGUUUGUCUGGGACAACAAUGGUAGCUAUUGCUGUUGCUGACCGGAAUGAUCACUCUCCGAUUUUUGAACAGACAGAGUACCGUGAAACAAUUCGAGAGAAUGUGGAAGAGGGGUAUCCAAUCUUGCAGCUACGUGCCACUGAUCUUGACUCCCAAGCAAAUGCUAACAUUCGUUACCGGUUUAUUGGGGAAAAUGCGGCCAUUGCUCGUUCUGCAUUUGAAAUCGAUCCUCGAUCAGGUUUGAUUACCACUCGAGGUAUUGUUGACCGAGAGGUAAACGAACGCUAUACACUACAGGUGGAGGCAAAUGAUCAAGGACGAGAGCCAGGUCCACGUUCUGCUACCGUUAAUGUUCACAUAACAGUUUUGGAUGAGAAUGACAAUGUUCCACAGUUCAGUCAGAAACGUUACAUUGUGUCAGUUCGAGAAGACGUGCGGCCACAUUCAGAAAUCUUGCGUGUCAGUGCUUCUGAUGAGGAUAAAGACGGAAAUGCUGCUGUGCACUACAACAUUAUCAGUGGGAACAGCAGAGGGCAGUUUGCAAUUGAUAGUGUUACUGGAGAAAUCCAGGUAGUGGCACCACUAGACUUUGAGACUGAACGUGAGUACACUUUACGACUACGUGCUCAAGAUAAUGGUCGCCCACCUCUGUCUAACAGCACUGGAAUAGUCAGUGUCCAAGUGACUGACGUUAAUGACAAUCCACCGAUUUUUGUAUCUACACCAUUCCAAGCUACAGUGCUUGAGAGUGCCCCAGUUGGCCACUCUGUACUGCACAUACAAGCCAUUGACACUGAUAGUGGUGAUAAUGCACGGCUAGAGUAUAGGCUAACAGGAACUGGCACAGACACUCCUUUUGUCAUCAAUGCUGCUACUGGCUGGGUCACAGUGAGUUCAGAGCUUGACCGGGAAUCAGUGGAGCACUACUUCUUUGGUGUAGAGGCCAGGGAUUAUGGUGUACCACCACUUUCCGCGACAGCAAGUGUUACUAUCACUGUGAUGGACGUCAAUGAUAAUCGUCCCGAGUUCCUGCAGAAGGAGUACUAUGUUCGUCUAAAUGAAGAUGCAGUAGUUGGAACGAGUGUUGUUACCGUAACUGCAGUGGACCGUGACAUCAACAGUGCAGUCACCUACCAGAUCACUGGUGGAAACACACGCAACCGUUUUGCUAUUAGCACAGCUGGAGGAGCUGGCCUUCUUUCCCUGGCACUGCCACUUGACUACAAACAGGAGCGGCGAUAUGUGCUAACAGUCACUGCCUCUGACAGAACUCUUCAUGAUACCUGUCAGGUACAUGUGAACAUCACAGAUGCAAACACGCACCGCCCAGUGUUCCAGAGUGCUCACUACUCUGUGAGUGUGAAUGAGGACAGACCUCCUGGUAGCACCGUGGUGGUAAUAAGUGCUACAGAUGAUGAUGUUGGCGAGAACGCCCGGAUCACAUACUUUCUAGAAGACAACAUUCCACAGUUCCGAAUUGAUCCUGCAACAGGUGCAAUCACACUACAAGCUGAGCUGGACUACGAAGACCAAAUGACAUAUACUCUUGCCAUUACAGCUCGUGACAAUGGAAUACCACAGAAGUCUGACACAACCUAUGUAGAAGUCAAUGUGAAUGACGUGAAUGACAAUGCGCCACAAUUCCUCAGCCCACACUACCAGGGUGGAGUCAGUGAAGAUGCUCCACCUUUUACAAGUGUCCUACAGAUCUCUGCCACUGACCGAGAUGCUCAUGCUAAUGGCCGUGUACAGUAUACCUUCCAAAAUGGAGAAGAUGGCGAUGGCGAUUUCACCAUUGAACCCACUUCUGGAAUAGUCCGCACUGUGCGUCGACUUGAUCGUGAAAGUGUACCAUUCUAUGAACUCACAGCCUUUGCAGUGGAUCGUGGAGUUCCACCUCAACGCACACCUGUCCGUAUCCAGGUCAGUGUCAUGGAUGUUAAUGACAAUGCUCCUGUGUUCCCUGCUGAUGACUUUGAGGUGCGGGUGAAAGAGAACAGUGCAGUUGGGUCAGUCAUAGCUCAGAUUACAGCCACGGAUCCAGACGAAGGCCCUAAUGCCCAGAUCAUGUACCAAAUUGUUGAAGGUAACAUUCCAGAAAUCUUCCAGAUGGACAUCUUUUCAGGAGAGCUCACAUCCCUGAUUGACUUGGAUUAUGAGACACGGAACGAGUAUGUCAUUGUCGUCCAAGCCACAUCAGCACCACUGGUAAGCCGAGCCACGGUGCGGAUCCGACUUAUCGACCAAAAUGACAACAGCCCAGAAAUGAAGAACUUUCAGAUUAUAUUCAACAACUUUGUGUCAAAUCGUUCCAACACUUUCCCAAGCGGAGUUAUAGGGCGUGUUCCGGCCCACGACCCAGAUGUAACAGACCGCCUCUACUACACCAUUGAACAUGGUAACGAGCUUCACCUGCUGCUGCUCAACCACACAAGUGGAGAAAUCCGACUCAGCAGUGAACUGGACAACAAUCGCCCACUGGUCGCCCACAUGCUCAUCACCGUCACUGAUGGUGUUCACAGCAUCAGUGCUCAGUGUGAGCUGAGGGUCCUGAUCAUCACUGAGGAUAUGCUAAGCAGCAGCGUUACUGUGAGACUCCAAAAUAUGUCCCAGGAGCAGUUCCUGUCUCCGCUGCUCACUGACUUCCUGGAAGGCGUGUCAUCUGUGCUGUCAGUCGCUCCUGCAGAUGUGUUUGUUUUCAAUGUGCAGCCGGAUGCCGAAGCAGAGCGAGUGUUGAAUGUCAGCUUUUCAGCAGCGUUGCCAGGAGGACAGUUCUUCCCUUCAGAUGCGCUGGAGGAGCAGCUCUACCUCAACAGACCAAGACUGAAUAUGCUCACUCAGAUGCAGGUGCUGCCGUUUGAUGAUAACGUGUGUUUGCGUGAGCCGUGUCAGAACUACAUGAAGUGCAUCAGUGUCCUGCGCUUCAAUAGCUCCGCCCCCUUUAUCUUCUCACCCUCCAUGCUGUUCCGGCCCAUCCACCCAAUCGCAGGCCUGCGCUGCCGCUGUCCCCCCGGCUUCACGGGGGAUUACUGCGAGAUCGAGAUUAAUAUGUGCUACUCAAAUCCUUGCCUGAACGGAGGAGUGUGUGCGCGUAGGGAGGGAGGAUACACCUGCAUCUGUAGAGAGAAUUAUACAGGGGAACGCUGUGAAUUUGACCGGCGCACAGGCCGUUGUGUAGCGGGUGUGUGUCGGAAUGGCGGGACGUGCCAUGAGCUUUCAGGUGGGGGUUUUCGCUGCGAGUGUCCAGCAGGCGGCUAUGAGAAACCCUACUGCGCCAUCAGCACUCGCUCCUUCCCUCCCAAAUCUUUCAUCAUGUUUAGUGGACUGAGACAGAGGUUCCACCUGUCCAUCUCCCUCUCGUUUGCCACUCUUAAGAAUAGCGGGCUGUUGUUUUAUAACGGCCGCUUUAAUGAAAAACAUGACUUCCUGGCUCUAGAGAUACUGGAUGGACAAGUGGUGCUGAAAUACUCCACAGGUGAAUCGUCCACGCAGGUGAGCCCGUACCUGCCGGGAGGCGUGAGUGAUGGGAACUGGCACACAGUCCAUAUCCACUACUAUAACAAGCCCAAGCGGAGUGUGAGCGGUGAGGUGCAGGGUCCUUCAGAUGAGAAAGUGGCUGUGGUGAGUGUGGAUGACUGUGACACCGCUAUCUCACUGAGGUUCGGGCUUCAGCUGGGAAACUACAGCUGCGCAGCCCAAGGCAAACAAAGCAGCAGUAAAAAAUCUUUGGAUCUGACUGGGCCGUUGUUUCUGGGUGGAGUCCCGAAUGUUCCGGAUAAUUUCCCUUUCGGAACGAGAGAAUUUACUGGCUGUAUGAAGGAUCUUCACAUUGACAACAGACCUGUGGACAUGGCAGGAUAUGUUGCUAACAAUGGCACUCUGCCAGGCUGCAGUGCCAAGAUGCCGUUCUGUAAGUCAAACCCGUGCCAGAAUGGAGGCACAUGCAGAGUGAGCUGGGAGACUUUCUCCUGUGACUGCCCACUAGGGUUCGGAGGCAAAGACUGCAGCCAUGUGAUGCCCCACCCCCACCGUUUCCUUGGUAGCAGUGCGCUGUUGUGGGAUCUGAAGAAUGAUGUCACCAUCAGCACACCGUGGUACAUGGGACUGGCGUUCCGCACACGAGCCAAAGAGGGGAUUCUGCUGCAGGCGCAGGCUGAACAGUACACACACUUAAUCUUUCAGCUCACAGAGGGUCAGCUGGUGUUCUCGGUGACCAGGGGGUCGGCUCAGCCCGUGCGCUUGCGGCUUGACCAGGUGCAGGUGUGUGACGGCCGCUGGCAUGACGUGCAGCUUGAGCUUCGAGACAUCCGCAGUGGAAGAGAGACACGCUAUGUGGCUACCGUCAGACUGGACUUUGGACUUUAUCCGGAGACUGUAAUAGUUGGCAGUGAGAUUCAUGGGCUGAAGGUGAAGCACCUGCAUGUUGGUGGAGUUUUAGGAUCGGGAGAGGUGAAGAGUGGAAUACGUGGCUGUAUACAGGGCGUACGUUUAGGGGUGCGUCCAGAUUCCCCUGCUUUGCCCCGCCCCACCAGAGCUGUAAAAGUGGAGACUGGUUGUAGCAUUGGCAACCCCUGCAGCACCUCCUCCUGCCCCGCCCACAGCCAGUGUUCUGAUGAAUGGGAACGCCAUACCUGUAUAUGCGAGCCAGGUUUUUAUGGUAAGAGCUGUACAGAUGCAUGUCGAUUGAACCCGUGUGAGAACGAGGCUCAGUGCCACAGGAAGCCGAGCUCCUCCCACGGCUACGUGUGUGACUGUGGAGACAACCACUAUGGCCAGUACUGCCAACACAGGAGUGAGCAACAGUGCCCCCGUGGUUGGUGGGGAAAUCCUACAUGUGGACCAUGUCACUGUGAUAUCAGCAAAGGCUUCGACCCAGACUGCAACAAGACCACCGGCCAGUGCCUCUGCAAGGAGUUCCAUUAUCGACGGCGGGGCAGUGACGUAUGCCUGCCAUGUGACUGCUACCCAGUGGGCUCCUUCACACGGUCAUGUGACCCAGAGAGCGGCCAGUGCCAGUGUAGGCCGGGCGUGAUUGGUCGACAGUGCAACAUGUGUGACAACCCUUUCGCUGAGGUCACACAGACUGGCUGCGAAGUGAUCUAUGAUGGCUGUCCAAAGAUCAUCACCAUGGGCAUCUGGUGGCCGAGGACCAAGUUCAACAUGCCAGCUGUGGUGCCCUGUCCCAAAGGAUCAGUAGGAGCUGCUAUUCGUCACUGUGAUGUAGACCGAGGCUGGCUGGAGCCUGAUCUCUAUAACUGCACUUCUCCUGCUUUUGUUGAGCUCAACACAGCGCUGGAGGCUGUUGAAAGAAAUGAGACGGUACUGAACACCAUCACUGAAAAGAAGCUGGCCCAUCAGCUGCGUGACGUCACCGAGGCAACAACCCGUCUCUAUGGCAACGACCUCCAGAUUGCCGAGAGACUGUUGUCCCGCCUCCUGACCUUUGAAAGCCUCCAAACAGGUUUCGGUUUGACAGCCACGCAGGACGCUCACUUCACCGAGAACGUGUUGCGAGCAUCCAGUGUGUUACUGAGUCCGGACACAGCAGGGUUGUGGAGGUCGCAGAGCUCUUCUCAGAGUGGAGCAGCAGGCCUGGCUGAUCUGUUAGAGCAAUACUCGCGCACCCUCGCCCAGAACACCAAACACACCUACCUCAAUCCUGUAGCCUUGGUGGCACCCAAUAUAGUAAUGACCGUGGACCGUCUGGAGAACCACACACACGUGCGGAAACGCUUUCCUCGCUAUCAUAGCAUGAUGUUUCGCGGGCAGUCCCUCUGGGAUGCACACACACAUGUAGUGCUGCCACCGAGCGCCCUGGUGCCACAGCGCAACUACUCCCCGUCGAGUCUACAGGCCAAUCAGACGCCAGAGGUGCCAGCAGCACGACGAUCUGGUUGGCCGAAUAAUUCACCCUUCACCAUCGUCAUUGUCCUGAUAUACCGCAGCCUAGGAGCUGCGCUUCCUCCCAAAUACCAUACAGACCGUCGUGGAGUCAGGUUGCCACGUCACCCGGUACUGAACUCUCCUGUAGUGAGUGUAUCUGUGUAUAAUAACCAUUCAUUUGUGGAGGGUUUCCUGGAGUCGCCUGUCAUGCUGGAGUUCCGUCUCCUCGAAACGAGCAACCGCAGCAAGCCUCUGUGUGUGCAGUGGAACCACACCAGCCCAGAGUCAGCAGGCGGUUGUUGGACAGUGAGGGACUGCAGUGUUGUCUAUAGAAACAUGUCACAUGUGCGUUGCCAGUGCCAUAGACUGGGUACCUUUGGAGUGUUAAUGGACAGCUCACAAAGAGAGCAAUUAGAGGGUGACCUGGAGACUCUCGCCAUAGUAACAUACACAUCUCUAUCCGUUUCCAUGGUGGCACUGUUGCUAACGGUUACAGUGCUCUCCUGUCUGAGAGAACUGAAGUCGAACACACGCAGCAUACACUCCAAUAUGGCUGCCGCUACAUUCCUCUCUCAGCUCACCUACCUGCUGGGCAUCAACCAAACCGAACAACAGUUUUUGUGCACGGUGGUAGCGAUCCUGCUGCAUUAUUUCUUCAUGUCAGCGUUUGCCUGGAUGUUUGUGGAGGCUCUGCACAUUUACCGCAUGCAGACUGAAGCCCGAAACAUCAACUAUGGAGCCAUGAGGUUUUACUACGCCAUUGGCUGGGGAGUGCCUGCUAUCAUUACUGGACUGGCUGUGGGUCUGGACCCAGAAGGUUAUGGGAACCCUGAUUUCUGCUGGAUCUCCCUUUAUGAUAAACUUAUCUGGAGUUUUGCUGGACCCAUCGUCAUCGUUAUAUUGAUGAAUGCAGGGAUGUUUACGAUGGUUCUACGUAUGACGUGCAAUCCGUCUCAAAAGGAGACAAAGAAGCUGCCCGUAAUUGCCACUAUCCGCAGUGCCUUUCUCCUGCUGCUCUUGAGUGCAUGUGUGUGGUUCUUUGGGCUAAUGGCAGUCAAUAACAGCAUCCUGGCCUUCCACUACCUCUUCAUCAUCCUCUGCUGUAUACAGGGUUUGGCAGUGCUGCUGGUCUUCACUCUGCUGAACUCAGAAGUGCAGGAAGCCUGGAAAGCAGCCUGCUCUGGCAAGAAGAGUCCCAGUGAAGAGCCUCCCAGACCUCCUCAGAUUACUGGCCAGAACCCAUACAACAGUGCCUCCCUGCUGGAACAGAGUGGAUUACAUCGUAUCACACUGGGAACCUCCACCAUAUCAUCAGUCAGCAGUGCUCGUAGGGAAAACCUUCUAGCACGGCAGACUGCUGAGCACAUGCUGGGUCACAAGGGAGCCACUGACCUUGAUGUGGCCAUGUUCCACCGUGACGGAGGUGAGGACUCAGACUCAGACUCUGAUCUCUCUCUGGAGGAGGAGAGGAGUUUGUCCAUUCCAUCUUCUGAGAGUGAGGAUAACGUGCGUCUACGUGGACGGAUCCAACGGCGUUUCAAACGCACCAAUCACAGUGAGAGAUUGCUCACUGACCCCACCCACAAUGGCGCCAAAGAUCUGGAUGGAAAUGACCUGCUCUCCUAUUGGCCUGCGUUGGAGGGCUGUGAGGUUCACUCCCUGCAAAAAUGGGGUUCGGAGCGCCGUCUCGGGGCCGAUUACAGCAAAGAUGCAGCCAAUAACAAUCAGGCAGACGCUGCACUCACCAGCGGGGACGAGAACGGACCAACACACAUGCACAGACACCGCAAAGGUAUCUUAAAGAACCGUCUUGGUUGUCCUCCAGCACUGCAGGGUUUGUCUUCAGUGGGUCGUGUGCCCAGCGAGCUCUCGUGGUAUCGCACGUCCACGCUGGGCCACCGGGGUGUUCCAGCCGCCUCUUACGGCCGCAUGUGCUCGGGCACGGGCUCUCUGUCCCAGCCAGCCUCACGCUACUCCUCCCGCGAGCACUUGGACUCGCUCGCACGGCGUCAACGGUCUCGCGACAACCUUGACCUCCUGCCGCGUCGCCGUGAGCUCGGUUCCAGAGAACAUCUAGGCCCCGUCCACAGCAUCCAUGCCUCAAGAGAGGAUCUUGGGGCAGGAAUAGUUGGUGUAGGGGGCCUAACAGGAAUGGAAGGAGGUUCUUUAGGAGGUAUGAGAGUGCCACUGAGCACACUAAUGAGGCAGCAGGCAUCCAGAGAGCACCUCAGCUGUUCCCGGGAGCAGCUAGAUUCGAAUGGGGGUGUAGGAACGGUGCCACAACCAUGCCGCGAGUGGCUCCGAACUCUGCCCCCACGUCAGCUCUCACACCCAGAGUCUCACUCUACAUCCUCUCCCCCUCCACCAAUCACAGAGGAACCUCAAGAAGCCCUGCACUCACGGCAUGGCAGAUUAGACUCCGCCCCUCUAUGUAGGUACCCCACACCUGCAACGGCCCCCGGAGCUCCGCCCAGUCGCCAACCUUCUAAUGAGCACCUGGACAUUCUUUCCUCUAUCCUAGCCUCGUUCAAUUCCACGGUACUGACUCCGCCUCCUAACCCCGCCUCUGCAGCUGCUGGUCCUUCCCCAUCCCCACCGCCUCACUCUGCAACCUCACAAAGCAUCUCUGAAGUGUCCCCAGACUCAGAAGCCCACAGAAGUGAUGGACAGUCCUGAUGACAUCUCAUCAGUCCCAUGAUGCAUGUCUGCUCAUGGGCACAGUAGGACAGCAGAAAGAAAGUUUAGGUGCAUUCUGGGAUACUGGAGGACCUGAGAGCGUGACUGAUUAAGAGACAGUGGGGUCGAAUCUUCAAUCUGAUGGUUUACAGUCAUAUUUUAUAACAGCCUCCCAAGGCCAAGGGGAGUUACAGGGUGAGCAGGAAGAAGAAAAUGAGGUGAUUCCCACCAUCAGUGAAGGACAAAUACUGAGAGGGCCGGUCAGAGAAGGAAAAAAAUAUGUAUAUAACCUUUUUAUACAGUUUUGUAUUUUUUUUUCAUUCAAGAUGAAAGAUCUGUUGUUUUUACAGAUUGUGUCUGGCAUUUGGGGUCAAUGAGUGAGUGAAUAUGAGGUCUCAAUGAAGAGGAAUCUUAAACCAUUCCCACACCCAUCAUGAACCAUUCCCAAACUUUUUUUUUUUCAGAACAGUUCUCAUAUACGUGUCUUUGUUACCUAAAUAUAUUGGGAUCAGAGGCUUGGAUUGGUUCACUGAGGGAGUCAACAAUCCUGAUGUGUGAUUUAGUGCGAAAUGCCAGCAGUAGCGAUUGUAAAAGUAUUUUAAACCAAGAGAUGUGAUUUG